GCGGCCUCGGCGCUGAUGCAGGACCGCCACACAGCUGUGGGCCAGCUGGUCCAGGACCUACUGACCCAGGUGCGGGCCGGCCCGGAGCCCCAGGAGCUGCAGGGCAUCCGUGAGGCGCUGAGCAGGGCCCAGGCCAUGCUGAGCGCCGAGCUGGGCCCUGAGAAGCUGCUGCCGCCUAAUAGACUGGAACGCAUCCUGGAGAAGUCCCUGCAUCGCUCGGUGCUCAAGCCUCUCCGGCCCAUCCUGGUGGCCCGACUGCGGCGCAGGCUUUCCGCCGAUGGCUCCCUGGGCCACCUGGCUGAAGGCUUCCGCCUGGCCCGGGCCCAGGGCCCUGCAGCCUUCGGGUCCCGCCUGAGCCUGCCCUCCCCGGUGGAGACGGAGCAGGUGCGCCAGAAGCUGCUGCAGUUACUCCGCACCUACUCACCCAACGCCCAGGUCAAGCGGCUCCUGCAGGCCUGCAAGCUGCUCUACACGGUCCUGAGGACCCACCUGGGAGAGGGCGCGGGGGCCGACGAGUUCCUCCCGCUGCUGAGCCUGGUCCUGGCCCAUUGCGACCUUCCUGAGCUGCUGCUGGAGGCCGAGUACAUGUCAGAGCUGCUGGAGCCCACACUGCUCACCGGCGAGGGCGGCUACUACCUGACCAGCCUCUCCGCCAGCCUGGCCCUGCUGAGCGGCCUUGGCCAGGCCCACACGCUGCCCCUGAGCCCCUCACAGGAGCUGCAGCGCUCCCUCAGCCUCUGGGAGCAGCGCCGCCUGCCCGCCACCCACAGCUUCCAGCAUCUCCUCCGAGUAGCCUACCAGGACCCCAGCAGUGGCUGUACCUCCAAGACCCUGGCCGUGCCCCCAGGGGCCUCGAUUGCCACCCUGAACCAGCUCUGUGCCACCAAGUUCCGAGUGACCCAGCCUGACGCUUUCGGCCUCUUCCUGUACAAGGAGCAGGACUAUCACCGCCUGCCCCCCGGAGCCCUGGCUCACAGGCUGCCCACAACUGGCUACCUCGUCUACCGCCGCCAGGCAGAGCGGCCCGAGACACUGGGGGCCUCACUUGGGGGUGCCACAGAGGAGGGCAGCGGGGAGCCAGACGCAGGAGGCAGGGAGGAGAAAGGGCAGGGAGAUGGGGAUACUGAGGUCAAAGCCAGUCCUGUGGCAACUGCUAAGCAGGAGGAGAACCAGGCCAGGGGAGGCCCUGCUCAGCCAAGUGCGCUGGAGGCUGAGGGGGGCCAGGCAGCAGAGGAGUAGCUGGGAGUGGCCCGAGGGGCAUUUGGGGCCGAAAACUCUGAGCCUGCUGGGAAGGCCUUUCAGAGCCCUCAUGCUUCCCCUGAGCCCUCGCAGGAGCUGCAGCCUCCCUCAGCCUCUGGGAACAGGACAGCCUGCCACGCCUCUGAUAAUCAUCUCUGACCAUACCUGCUGGGGGAGUGCCUGGACUGGCUACAUCUGCGGCAUUGGAGUAAAGUUGAGGGGCAUGGGGGACCCCAGACCAAGG